GGAGUUUCUUUGUUACUUCUUAGAUGGUGAAUGUUGAGCGUUUGCAGGCACUGGAAACCUGGAUUAAAACAACCCAUACAAAGAUCACUCAAGUUAAAGGUCAGCGGAAGUAUGGAGGACCACCUGAGGUGUGGGAUGGCCCAUUGCCGGGAUUGAACUGUGAGGUUUUCAUCAGCCACAUCCCACGAGACACGUACGAGGACCUGCUGAUUCCCCUCUUUAGCUCCGUGGGCCCACUGUGGGAGUUCCGACUCAUGAUGAACUUCAGCGGGCAAAACCGUGGAUUUGCUUAUGCCAAAUACGGCUCAGCAAAAGUAGCUAAACAUGCUAUACGCUGUCUAAAUGGUUCCAUGCUUGCACCAGGUGUGCGUAUAUUUGUAUGCCCUAGCUCAGAGAAGAGGAAGCUCUACCUCACACCUUUAUCGACCACAAUCAGGGAAGAUGAUCUUCUCCAGGAACUCCGUAAAAUGGUAGAAGGGGUUGAGAGCCUUUCUCUGAUGUCUGGUCCUGAAACAAUGACUGUGUCAGCUGUAGUUGUCUUCUCAACCCACUAUAUGGCUUCUAUUGCAAAGAAGACACUGGGGCAAGCAUUCCUGAAGCGCUUCGGCGUAUGUAUCUCAAUCCAGUGGAAGUGCCGGGAGAAAGUAAACGAUGAGUUGCACCUUCCUGAGAAAUAUGAAAGCUUCCCGGCUUCAACUCCAAAGUUUUCCGAGCUUGCACAGCACAUGGCGGAGAUCUCACAGAUGCCUCAUCGUGCGCCACAAAGCCCUUCCUUCAUUUCUGCUGCUUUCUGGGGAGCUGUGGGAGAACCUGUGGUCCCCAAAUCAGCCACAUGUCCGCCUACCGCAGCAUUGUCAGUUUCUCCAGUGAUUUUCCUUCAAAAUUGCUGUGCUGUGAGUGGACUUGGUCUGCCACAAUUUGAGUUCAUCUACAGCUAUGCUCAACCUGAUGAGGUCUACCACUUUGACUAUAAGGUACGUGUCCCUGGGCUGGGAGUCUUUCCAGGGCAGAUUAUGAUUUUGCCUGGACCCAAUGACACGGCCACACUGGAAAGAGCUCGAGAGGCUGCAGCCCAGCAGCUGCUGCAGUCAGUGAUUGGUCUGAAGGUCUUCAUCCGCUAAAUCUGUUAUGGGCCUACAAUCUCCUUGUUCUACUUUUGUUUGUGUGGUUUGAUUUUCUCAAAAGAUGUAUUUAAUGUUGAGUGUGGUUUGUUACCCUAUGCAUGUUUUUUAUUGUAGUUGUAGUGUGAUGACUUGACUUGGUUGACCUUGUUUUAUCCUUGCAUGCGUUUUAUUGUUUGAUUGUUUUUUGACUGGUGGUGUCUUUGUUUGACAAAUAUUGCAUCAUAUGCAAAUAAUGCUUCUCUGGUAAAGUGCUGUACACACACUGAAG